UCAUUGAAUUUUUAAAAUUUGAUAUUUUUUAUCUGUUUUAAAAUUUUUGACUAAUUUUAUUAUGGACACUAAAGGUAGUCCGAAAAUUCUAGCAAGCUCUUUGAGCAACCCACUGUUGAUGAAAAAAGAAGGGGUUGUAUACAUAGCAAUUAAAGGUUCAUUGCAUGCAACAGAUUGUUCUGUAUUUGGAGCACAAGAAGAAGAAGUAAGGGUUCUGGCGAAAAAAUAUGACGUCGGCUUGAAUGGCUUUUCUAUUCGAGACAAUGUUGUCGAAGUCAUAAAUUUAUUUAGCAAACUUGGGUACAGGAUCAUUUCCAGCACUGGCGAGUCUGAAAUCACUUGGACUAUGCAAAAGGAGAUCUAACUGAUAAAAUCACUGAAUUGUUUUUCUUCUAACUAAAACACAAAUUAUUAUAAUGGAACACAAAAGUGAUUG